CAAGCCUUGCAAACAUUCUGCUGUGUGGUUGGCAGGAUUCUCAGGACAAGGGGUCUCAAGACAGCACCGCAGCUUCCAGCCCUUAGGAUGCUAGUGUGUGCGCUGAAGUGGGGAUUGGGGAGGAGCAGAGUGCUUUGGUUUUGCUUUUGCUUUGACCCUCAAGAGCAGGCUUUCCGGAUGAUGCCAUCCAGGAACUCCACUCCCAGUCCCUCGCAGCUCCCCAGACACCGGCAGAGAGCCCAGCGUCAAGGCGCGUCGCGCACCUUUUCCUUGGCUGCGGGCCUAGCUCGCUGCGGGAGCCCCCGGCGCAGCCUUCCAGGUUACCACGGCAACCGCGCGAGCCCGCAGCCCGCGGCGCGGCUGCGCUGCCCUCACCAGCACGGCUAAGGUGCGGCGGUGAGCGCCGACCGAGAGGCAGGGGCCCGGAUCUCCUCAUUUGGUCCACUCUGGACCUGUGGGACCCGACAGAGCUGGGGGAAGGGACAGGUGCGAAAGGCACGUAACCGCCGACGGGAUUCCCCUCCUGCUGGAGUGCCAGGUCCUGGGCUGUGUGCAGCCACAGCGGCUGCACCUGUGUACUGAGGCCGACCGACCUGCAGAAGCGGCAGGCAUUUGUCACCCAGAGGGAAGAUGCCGGUUUGAAGCCCUGCUUGGGUAUGGUGCAUUCCAGCAGAAGCUUGUGCCUUUAGCAGGGGAUGGAAUCCAGUUGAACACCUUCAGAGGCGCUCCAGGCUGAUUCAGUCCUUACCAAAUUAAUCACCCUCUGAGCCGUAGUCCCCUUUCUCAUCUGGAAAUGAACUACUGCUAACCAUCCUCACGAUUGUUCUGAGGCUGAAUGGCAUGACAGCUAUAGAAGUAAAUGUAAAACACGAUAUUAAUGUGACAGAGUCGGGUGGACCAGUAGCCAUCACCCUGCCCCCUCUGUGGGGAGGUGCUGAGAGUGGAUAAGCAUGGAAGAGAGGAAGCAUGAGACAAUGAACCAAGCUCAUGUUCUCUUUGACCGGUUUGUCCAAGCCACCACCUGCAAGGGAACUCUCAAGGCCUUCCAAGAGCUCUGUGACCACCUGGAACUGAAGCCCAAGGACUAUCGCUCCUUCUAUCACAGGCUCAAGUCCAAGCUUAACUACUGGAAAGCCAAAGCCCUCUGGGCAAAGCUGGACAAACGGGGCAGUCACAAGGACUACAAAAAGGGAAAGGCGUGUACUAACACCAAGUGUCUCAUCAUUGGAGCUGGCCCCUGUGGUCUACGGACAGCCAUUGACUUAUCUUUAUUGGGAGCCAAGGUGGUCGUUAUUGAGAAACGGGAUGCGUUCUCCCGCAACAAUGUCUUGCAUCUCUGGCCAUUCACCAUACAUGAUCUGCGAGGUCUGGGUGCCAAGAAGUUUUAUGGCAAAUUCUGUGCUGGAGCCAUCGACCAUAUCAGUAUCCGUCAGCUCCAACUAAUACUCUUGAAAGUAGCCUUGAUCCUAGGCAUUGAAAUACAUGUCAAUGUGGAAUUCCAAGGACUUGUGCAGCCUCCCGAGGAUCAAGAGAAUGAACGGAUAGGUUGGAGGGCACUGGUACACCCCAAAACUCAUCCUGUAUCAGAGUAUGAAUUUGAAGUGAUCAUCGGUGGGGAUGGCCGCAGGAACACCUUGGAAGGAUUUCGUCGGAAAGAGUUUCGUGGCAAACUGGCCAUUGCCAUUACUGCAAAUUUUAUUAACCGAAAUACAACAGCAGAAGCCAAAGUGGAAGAGAUCAGUGGUGUGGCUUUUAUAUUCAACCAGAAGUUUUUCCAGGAACUGAGAGAAGCUACAGGUAUUGAUUUGGAGAACAUCGUCUACUAUAAGGAUGACACACACUAUUUCGUAAUGACAGCCAAAAAACAGAGUUUACUGGAGAAAGGCGUGAUCUUGCAUGACUACGCUGAUACAGAGCUCUUGCUUUCCCGGGAGAACGUGGACCAAGAGGCUCUGUUGAACUACGCCAGGGAGGCAGCGGACUUCUCCACACAGCAGCAGCUGCCCUCUUUGGAUUUCGCCAUCAAUCACUACGGGCAGCCUGACGUGGCCAUGUUUGACUUCACUUGCAUGUAUGCCUCCGAGAAUGCUGCCUUGGUGCGGGAGCACAACGGACACCAGCUUCUAGUGGCUCUGGUUGGGGAUAGCCUCCUGGAGCCUUUCUGGCCAAUGGGAACAGGAAUAGCCCGGGGCUUUCUAGCUGCUAUGGACUCUGCCUGGAUGGUACGAAGUUGGUCUCUAGGAACAAGUCCCUUGGAAGUCCUGGCAGAGAGGGAAAGCAUCUACAGAUUACUGCCCCAGACCACCCCUGAGAAUGUGAGCAAAAACUUCAGCAAAUAUAGUAUCGACCCUGUUACUAGGUAUCCUAAUAUUAAUGUCAACUUCCUCCGACCAAGCCAGGUACGCCAUUUAUAUGACACUGGAGAAAUGAAAGAUAUUCAUCUGGAAAUGGAGAACCUGGUGAAUUCCCGAACCACUCCAAAGUUGACUCGCAAUGAAUCUGUAGCUCGUUCGAGCAAACUCUUGGGUUGGUGCCAAAGGCAGACAGAUGGCUACGCCGGAGUGAAUGUGACAGAUCUCACCAUGUCGUGGAAAAGUGGCUUGGCCCUGUGUGCCAUUAUCCAUAGGUAUCGCCCCGACCUGAUAGAUUUUGAUUCUUUGGAUGAGCAGAAUGUGGAGAAGAAUAACCAGCUGGCCUUCGAUAUUGCUGAGAAAGAACUGGGCAUCUCUCCCAUCAUGACAGGCAAAGAGAUGGCCUCCGUGGGGGAACCUGACAAGCUGUCCAUGGUGAUGUACCUGACUCAGUUCUACGAGAUGUUUCAGGACUCGCUCCCCGCCAGUGACACUUUGGACCUGAAUGCUGAGGAGAAAGCAGUCCUGAUAGCCAGCACCAAAUCCCCCAUCUCCUUCCUGAGCAAACUGGGGCAGACCAUCUCCCGUAAGCGUUCUCCCAAGGAUAAAAAGGAAAAGGACUUGGAUGGUGCUGGAAAGAGGAGAAAGACUAGUCAAUCAGAGGAGGAGGAAGCACCUCGGGGCUACAGAGGAGAAAGACCAACACUGGUGAGCACUCUGACAGACAGGAGGAUGGAUAUUGCCAUCGGGAACCAGAACAAAGUGAAGUACAUGGCAACCCAGCUGCUGGCCAAAUUCGAAGAGAAUGCACCCCCACAGUCCACGGGCAUAAAGAGACAGCCGACACAAGAGCGUGGGGUCAGCCAUCCAUCCUGCUGCCUGCCUGAGCAGGGCCGCCCUGCUCCCAUCCCCCAGUGGAAACAGCAACGGGAAAAGGAGCGUUCUCGGACCUGCCCCAAAAAAGUGAUCACCCUCACUCCUCCCCCUACUCCACCUCCCUGUCGGGCACGUGCCAGCCAGCAGACUUACAGGGAUCUUGAUGCUGACAACCGUGGCAAGCAGAGUCCCCGCCAUGAGAGGCCAGAGCCUGAACCUUCUCGUCGAUUCUUUGUCGACCAGUGGGAGCUUUCCCUUAGCCUUCGCUCCUCCAACCGCCCUGCCUCUCCCUCCUCUGACUCCCUCCGACAGAAGUAUAUAAAGAUGUACACAGGCGGAGUGAGCUCAUUGGCUGAGCAGAUAGCCAAUCAGCUUCAAAGGAAAGAGCAGCCCAAAACCCUUCUAGACAAGAAGGAACUGGGCUCCAUGAAGAAGGAGUUCCCACAGAACUUGGGAGGCAGUGACACGUGCUAUUUCUGCCAGAAGCGAGUCUACGUGAUGGAGAGGCUGAGUGCUGAAGGCAAGUUCUUCCACCGGAGCUGCUUCAAAUGCGAGUACUGCGCCACCACCUUGCGCCUCUCUGCCUAUGCCUAUGACAUCGAAGACGGUAAAUUCUACUGUAAACCACACUACUGUUACCGACUGUCUGGCUACGCCCAGAGGAAGAGACCGGCGGUGGCUCCUCUGUCUGCAAAGGAGGCCAAAGGACCACUGCAGGAUGGCCCCACUGCAGACACAAAUGGACGGGCCAGCACCACCACCAGCUUGGCUGAGAGAACCCCAGGUUCAAAUGUGAAUGGCCUGGAGGAGCCCAGCAUUGCCAAGCGGCUGAGGGGCACUCCUGAGCGGAUUGAGCUGGAGAACUACCGCCUGUCCGUGAGGCAGGCAGAGGAGUUGGAGGAGGUACCCGAGGAGACGCAGGCUGAGCACAACCUGAGCAGCGUGCUGGACAAGGGCACUGAAGAGGAUGUGGCCAGCAGCAGUUCUGAGUCUGAGAUGGAGGAGGAAGAAGAGGAGGAGGAAGAGCCUGGGCUGCCCCCCUCUGACCUGGGUGGCGUCCCCUGGAAGGAGGCUGUGAGGAUCCACGCUCUUCUGAAAGGAAAGAGUGAAGAGGAGCUUGAGGCCUCAAAGAGCUUUGAGCCUGGCAAUGAAGAAGAGGAGGACGAGGAGGAGGAAUAUGAAGAAGAGGAGGAGGAAGAAUAUGAUGAGGAAGAGGAAGAGUCCAGUGAAGAAGGGGAGUACUGCCCCUGGGACAGAGAACUCCUGCAAGGCCAGUGGCUCCAGCACCUCUCAAAGGAAGAAGAUACGGGUACACGUAAAGCCGGGAACCAGAGACUACAGCAGAUCAUAAAUCCAGCUGACCCCUUGGAGAUCCAGGCCGAUGUGCACUGGACACACAUUCGUGAGAAAGAGGAGGAAGAGAGAAUGGUGCCAACCUCUGACUCCUCUACUUCCAGAGUGCCUGACCUUCCCUCCAUACGCCGCGCAGCCGUGCAGGCCUGGCUGGAGACAGUGUCCGGAGUCCCACUGGAUGAGAAUGACCUGGAGGAAGAUGCGGACUCGGAGCCAGCAGAGAUAGAAGGGGAGGCUGCAGAGGAUGGGGACCCAGGGGACACUGGUGCUGAGCUGGAUGAUGAUCAGCACUGGUCUGACGACAUCCCAUCAGAUGCUGAGACGGAGCUUCGCUUGCGGCGCCAGGCCGAGAUAGAAGCAGAGCUGGAACUGAGGGUAUCAGAAAAUGAGGAGGAGCCCUCCUUGAUGAAGCCACAAGAGAGAGGUCCCUCCCAAGUCUCCAGCCCCAUCCGGUCCCCUCAGGAACAAGUUAUUCUGUUCACCCCUGUCCACAGCCCUGUGGCAGAGGGGCCCCAAGUCCCACCUGCCUCCACCGCCACCACAGUGCAAUCCCCCUGCGAGCGCCUUUUCCCUGAGCCUUCCCUCCCCAGAGAGAAGCCCAAAACUGAAUCCCCUACCGACCAGCCAAUUGUGCUCUCGCCCAUCCGAUCGCAGCCAGUGGCUCUGCCAGAAGCCAGGACACCUACCUCACGAGCUGGUGCUCAGCCCGUGUCACCCUUGGUUCCCCCCACACCCCCAUCCACCCAGCUCCCCAUUUGCUCCCAACCUCAGCCAUCCUCUGAAGCCACCAUCCCAUCCCCCACCCAGUCUCCCAUCCGCUUCCAGCCCGUUCCUGCCAAAACCUCCACCCCUCUGCCCACCUUCCCCGUGAAGAGCCCAGGUGACACCAGGGACAAGCUGGGCAGCCCUCUGACCGUGGACGAGGCCCUGAAACGGAAUGACCUGGUAGAAGAGUUUUGGAUGAAGAGCGCCGAGAUCCGCCGCAGCCUCGGACUCACGCCUGUGGAUCGGAGCAAGGGACCUGAGCCCAGCUUUCCCUCACCUGCCUUUAAGCCGGUGUCCCUGAAAGCCUAUUCUGUUGAGAAGUCCCCUCAGGAUGAGGGGCUUCAUCUUCUGAAACCUCCACCUGUUCCUAAGAGGCUAGGCCUGCCCAAGUCAGAUGGUGAGCAGCCCUCCCUGCUGACUCCCAAGUCACCAUCUGACCGAGAGUUGAGGAGCGGCCACGAGGAGCGCAGGGACCUGUCCAGCAGUUCGGGCCUGGGCCUCCAGGGCAGCUCCUCCAACAUGAAGACCCUGGGCAGCCAGAGCUUCAACACCUCCGACUCCACCAUGCUCACUCCACCCUCAAGCCCACCCCCGCCCCCACCCCCUGACGAGGAACCUGCCACUCUUCAGCUUCAGCGGAAGCCUUACCAGCAUAAGGAGGCAGAGCCCAAGGCCUCGGUCAUCCCACCACCUCCACCUGCCACAUUUGUGCGGCCCCCCCGAGAGCCCGCCCAGGCCCCCAGAGAAGAGGUGCGCAAGUCCUUCGCAGAGAGCGUGGAUGAGAUCCCCUUUGCUGAUGACGUGGAGGACACAUAUGAUGACAAGACGGAGGAGUCGAGUCUGCAGGAGAAGUUCUUCACCCCCCCGUCCUGCUGGACCCGCUCUGAGAAGACCCCUCAGCACCCUGGGACCAGGGAGAAUGGUCGGCUGCCUGCUCUGGAGAGUGGGGCCCUGCCUCAGAAGAGGGGCCUGCCCUUGGUCUCACCAGAAGCCAAGGAGCUGGCUGAGGAGCGCAUGAGAGCCAGGGAGAGGUCUGUGAAGAGCCAGGCACUGAGGGAUGCCAUGGCCAAGCAGCUGAGCAGGAUGCAGGAGAUGGAGACGGCUGUUGGGGCCUCCCGGUCCCGCAAAGCCCCCUCCACACCGUCCCAGGGCAAAGAACUCACGUCCAAGUCCCCCAGACGCCCAGCCCUCAGAGGCUCUGAGGAGCCAACCCUGAAGCACGAGGCCACCAGCGAGGAGGUCCUCUCCCCACCCUCAGACUCAGGGGGCCCUGAUGGCUCUGUAACCUCCUCUGAAGGCUCCAGUGGGAAGAGCAAAAAGAGGUCGUCCCUCUUCUCGCCCCGCAGAAACAAGAAAGAGAAGAAGUCCAAAGGUGAGGGCCGGCCGCCAGAGAAACCUGGCCCCAGCCUGCUGGAGGAGGCGGCUGCCAAGCCCAAGUCUCUGUGGAAGUCUGUCUUCUCUGGGUAUAAGAAGGACAAGAAGAAGAAAAGUGAUGAUAAGUCCUGCUCCAGCACCCCUUCCAGUGGCGCCACUGGGGCGUCUGGGAAGCACAGGAUGUCUCCCAUCGUGAGAGCAGAGCUACAGCUCAGGCGCCAGCUGAGUUUCUCAGAGGACUCUGAUCUCUCCAGUGACGACAUCCUUGAGAAGUCCUCCCAGAAGUCCAAGAGAGAGUCGAUUUAUGUGCCACACGCCUUGGCGUUCAAGAGAUCAUUUUCAGCAAAGCCCAGAACCUACACAGAGGAAGAACUGAAUGCCAAGCUGACCCGGCGUGUGCAAAAGGCAGCCCGCAGACAGGCCAAGCAAGAAGAACUUAAGCGACUGCACCGAGCCCAGAUUAUCCAGCGGCAGCUGGAGCAGGUGGAGGAGAAGCAGAGGCAGCUGGAGGAGCGAGGGGUUGCCGUGGAGAAGGCGUUGCGGGGUGAAGCAGUUGAGCCCAGUGGCGGGACUCCACGGCGUAGACCUCUCUCCUUCUGCCCUUGCUGUGUCCAGGAAGGCAUGGGCAAGAAGGAUGACCCCAAGCUGAUGCAAGAGUGGUUCAAGUUGGUGCAAGAGAAAAACGCCAUGGUGCGCUAUGAGUCGGAGCUGAUGAUUUUUGCCCGGGAGCUGGAGCUGGAAGACCGACAGAGCCGCCUGCAGCAAGAGCUCCGGGAGCGAAUGGCUGUGGAAGAUCACCUGAAGACUGAGGAGGAGUUGGCAGAGGAGAAGAAGAUCUUGAAUGAGAUGCUGGAUGUGGUGGAACAGAGAGACUCUCUGGUGGCCCUGCUGGAGGAGCAGAGACUCCGGGAGAAAGAGGAAGACAAGGACCUGGAGGCCGCCAUGCUGUCAAAGGGCUUCAGCCUCAACUGGUCCUGAGCCCCGGGAGCUCGCUCCUUGGUCUGUCGGCAUCUGCCUGCCUGAGCUGCGUUCUCCCAGCCUCCUGGAUCCCUGGUCUGGGAAUGCCUGGCAGCUCGUGGGAGCCUGCACUCAUGCCCACGUGCCUCCUGAAAAUGGGGUCAGGUUCCGUGUGAUGGGGAGACACCAGGCAACAGGCUCCCAGGCCUCCUCGGGAGAUGCUCAGCUGGACUCCCCACUGGAGACGAGAGAAAGGAGCCUGUGCGUUGGAUGCAGGACUGGGGGAAGCCGCGCGGGCCCUGAGAACACGCCACCAGUGCCUGCCCUUCUGCAUACGGUAAGAGAAGGAUGCUGCUUCCUUGUGAAGCUGCAGCGGCCCCACCAAGUGCCCUCUACAGGGUGGAAGGGGCACUUGUCUUCUUCAUGCUCCUGGUAGCACCACCAAAGAAGUAAAUAAGAAGGCCCACCAAGAUCAAAGCGAAUGGAGACCUGAGAGAGGAGCAAUGGCCAGUUAGGGCAAUGCCCACCCCAGCCCCACAGGGGAAGCAGAGGGGCAGGCAGGCCCUGGAGUCCAUUAUGCAAGUUAGGAGGAUGCAAGAUGGGUCUGUCCCCAGCCCCCACACCACACACUGGACCCCAAGUGGCCAAAUGCCCCAGGCUUCUCUUGGCUGCUGCCUGAGGCCUGUGGAUUGCUGCAUUAUGCUUAUAGUUCACAACCAUUUCUGACACUGGAAAGUACUGACUUUGGGGGACCGAGUUCAAGCCCCCCUCUGACAGACAGGCAUUGUCCCUGUCCAGUGCUUCACGCUGGGGGCAGGAGAUCACCUUUGUCCUCAGCGUUUUUCCUGUGUUUGCACAUUGAAAUGAAGCUGACGACCUAGCAAGACGCUCAGCCACUUUGGACCUUUUUUUGUCAAUUAACUUAUUUUUUUUCACAUUCCAAUAAAUUUAUUCUGUAAAAACAGUA